ACGCGCUGAGAUUAAAGUUCGCGUGAAAGAAAGUGACAUGUCGGGACAUGCCCGUCCAUCCGUUCAUCCACCCGCGCGCGCACACACACACACACACACACACACCGCAGACUCAGCAGUAGCCUGAGAACCCGAGAGGAGCGCGCGAGGAUUUAACGGGAUUCCGGGGAGCUGCUGAGGGAAGAUGGACUGUGCAGAAGACGAGUUUUCUCUUCAUGGAGAAUGUCGGAGGUGUCCACGCUGCCCCCCGGGACACGAACUGAAGCAGGAGUGUGGGUACGGGGUGGGCGGAGCCAGUGCGUGUGGAGUGUGUGAUCGACGCUGGUUUAAGGAGGAUUGGGGCUCACACUCGUGCAGGAUGUGUCAGAACUGCCGCCGCCUUAACAGACAGGAAAUCACACCGUGCACACACACACACAACGCCGUGUGUGGAGACUGUCUGCCUGGCUUCUACAGUAAAAGGCGAUUGGACGGACUGCAGGAUUUGGAGUGUUUGCCUUGUGGUUCCGCCCACAUCAGACACACACAGUGCGAAACUAAAGGUACCACUGUUCAAGCACGGAGUUCUGAAGCUCCGCCCCUCAACGCUGCUGCUAUGAUGACUGCUUGUGUGACGGCUGUUGCUAUGACAACAGUUUUAUUGAUCAUUAUGGUUAUGACAUACAGAGGAUUUAACACACUCUGGAAAACAUUUAAAGGCUGUUUAUCACCCCGCAGUCACCGUGACAUUGCGGCUGCCUCCGUUUCCGUAGCGAUGGAGUACAGUGUGACCCAGGAAGCAGAAUAUGGUUGUUUGGACUUCACUCCCGCCUCACUUCCUGCGGAACACAGCGCCCUCUUCAGUGACGUCACUUCCUGUGGGGUCGUCGCCCAGGCGACGGGGUCACACGGCGGCGGGUCGGGGUGGGCGGGGCACGGCCCGGUGGAGUGCACGGAGCGGGAGAUAUUACACGGAGAGAAGAGGACGCUGAUGUCUGAUGUCUCGCAUGUAACAGAAAACACGAGCACGUCUUUACAAGGAGCCUGUUUACGUCCCGAACUUCCACCAGGAGCCGAUGCUACAGCUAAUACUGCUAAUACUGCUAAUACUGCUAAUAUCUCUAAUAAUGCUAAUACUGCUAAUAAUGAACGUUAAAGUGGCUAAUCAUGCUAACUGCAGCACCAGAAUGCUAAAUCUAUAACAAGUCCAUUCAUCACGCUAAUGCUGGCAGCGGAGUGUGUAUUAGCACUGCUCAUGUUAGCUAACAUGGCUAAUUACCGUAUUAUUUAGGAUGCUACUGCUAAAAGUGUGACUUGCUAGCUGCUGAACAAACACAAAAUGCUAGCUUGCUAGCACCAAACAUUAUUCCACUGUGAUAUUUCUGGAAUCUAUUGUUGAAAUGUUCGGUGAUUACACUGACUACGUUAAAUGCUACGUAAAAUGCUAAUUAACAUAAUGCUAACACGGCUUACUUUAUAAACAGCUAGCUAGUGGCUCAGAUGCUAGCUGCAGAUCUGAGGUUGUGCUAAUUUUAAACAUAUACGUUGAUAAAUGCAUUAUUAAAGUGGCUAAUUAGCAUAUGGAUAGUAAGCUAGAAUGAAAAGAAGAUAAAUAGUGUAGCUAAGUAUGCUAGCGACUCAUUCAAUUUCACACCAGAAGUAUAAUUUCUUAUAGUUUUUAAGUUUAUUUUGUUUUUUUAUUAGCUUUGAUCCUUUUUUUUUUUCAUUUUUAUAUAAAACCUAAUCUUCCAAACAAUCGAAAGCAUUACGUCGCAAUAUAGUUUUGAGUCUGUAAAGUUUCUCCGUCGCUCCACAGCGGAGCUGUUUAGGGAUUCAGAUCAGACGUAUGCUAAUGUUUGACAUUAGUGUUAGCAUCGCUAACAUCGAAAUUGUGGUGACGCGAGGUGAGACGCGACUCUGCUAAACACUCGCUCACACACUCAGAAGUGUUUUCCGAACAAACACCUGAGUCUCAUUUCCCUGAAUUUCUUCCAGAGUAAAUGUUGAGGUUUUUUUUUUACACUAUAUUCAGAAUUUUUACAGAAUUUUACAGUAUUGUAACUUUACGUAUUUUUGCGUUUGUUUAGACAAAAAAGUGUUGCAGAAUGUGUGAUAUUUCAUUUUUAGACGUGUUUUUUUUUGUACUUUGGUCACUUUGAGUCUGAAUCUGCUGUUUUUACUGUUUUUUUAUUGUAAACUUUAUGAAACGUUUCUUUAUAUAAAGGUUUUGGAGCAAAAAUGAAAAUAAAAUUAGUUUCACGGUCGUGUUGGUAAUUCCGCAUGAGCUGAUAAUCCGUUAGAAAAAUCUCACAUAAUGGACUUUAAUGGUUUCCAUUACGGGUUUUCUGUUUACCUUUAAAAACCACUAGAACCCAAAGUACCAUUAGAAAAACCAUUAGGACCAUUAGGAACCAUUAGGACCAUUAGGAACCAUUAGGACCAUUAGGGAUCAUUAGGAACCAUUAGGAACCAUUAGGACCAUUAGGAACCAUUAGGAUCAUUAGGAACCAUUAGGAACCAUUAGGACCAUUAGGAACCAUUAGGAUCAUUAGGAAGCAUUAGGGACCAUUAGGAUCAUUAGGAAGCAUUAGGGACCAUUAGAACUAUUAGAAACAUUAGGAAUAUUAGGAACCAUUAGGAUCAUUAGGGACCAUUAGGAACUAUUAGAACUAUUAGUAACCAUUAGGACUAUUAGGAACCAUUAGGACCAUUAAGAACCAUUAGAACUAUUAGGACCAUUAGGAUCACUAGGAACUGUUAGGAUCAUUAGGAACAAUUAGGACCAUUAGGAACCAUUAGGACCAGUAGGAACCAUUAUGACCAGUAGGAACCAUUAGGACCAUUAGGAACUAUUAGAACCAUUAGGACCAUUAGGAACCAUUAGAACUAUUAGGACCAUUAGGAUCAUUAGCCAAUAGAACCAUUAGGAACCAUUAGGACCAUUAGGAACUAUUAGGACCAUUAGGAACCAUUAGGAACCAUUAGGAUCAUUAGGACCAUUAGGAACCAUUAGGACAUUCCAUUACACCAGCAUUACAGUCCAUCAAGAACACAUUACAUCUCGUCCGAAAUGUUUCCUACAGCAUUCAGAUUUUAAAAAUAAAAGUUGCUAACUUGGAGAGAAUCGUUCUCUUAGCUAAAAUGUUGCACUAUUAGCCGUCGUGCUCAUGCAUCUGACUGAAAUCUUAUUUUUAAUCAAUAAAAUGAUCAGUAAAAUCAUCUAUCCUGCUAAUUUAUUAGCUAGCUAGCCAGCUAGCAUUACAAUAAAGAGCUGUCAUUGGAGUACAUUAGCGAAACGCCCUGAGAAACUAGCUAGCUGGCUAACGUCUCCAUAAAGUAUGAAAUAAAGCUAACUGGCUUGUUCGUGAACAUAAAUAACGAACAGGUUAGUUACGUGAUAAAAGAUUAAGAAAUUUUUACAACAAAAUUGAAUGACAUUUAAUUUAAAAAACAGCACAUGCCUUCGAACUAUGCUUUUACUUUACAUAGAAUUGUAAGUUCAUUAAAAAGUUUUUUUUUUUUUUUAAAUAAAACUAAAUGUAGUUGUGAGAAUUGAGUGAGUUUCCAGUUCUGGAUUUCCAUAUGAUUAUUAUUUUUUUAAAUAAAUUAUUUUUUAAUAAAAGCAGGUCCUUUUGUGUUGUUUUUCUUCCUCCUGGUUCAAUCAUUUAAACUUUAUUUUCCCCCUAAAUGCUAGUGUUAGGGGAAAAAGUGUUUACUAAAAUUAAUAAUAAUAAAACACAGUUUAGAUACAAGAUCUGAAGGAUGAGUUAUAAUAAAAUACAAAAUGAUCUUUACUAGCUUAGUGGCUAGCUUGUGAGAUUAGCAUAAACUUACCCACUCAGAGUCGUAAUAUAGAAAUCGUAGCUAGCAUAUUGAGAAAGCAGCGACAUAAGAUUUGCAGCAGUGUGCAGCGAUAUCACAUCAAUUUGCUAAUCAGCCACUUAGCAAUAUAACACAGUACGUGAAUAAUAAAUUAGCUAGCUAGCUAUAUUAAAGAGAUUUGACUUUUCAUUAUGUAUUUUAGUAAGCAUUGUUAGCUAGAGCUAACAAUGUAACUGAAGUGAUAGUGUAAAUAGCUACUUUACAAAACAACAGAUAUUUUUCUUAGCUAGUUAUUAUAAAGCUAGUAUGAUGAUGUAAUAUUGAUAUCGGGAUAAAUAACGUCACGAUAAAAUUUGCUGAGAGUUCGCAGGUAUCGUCUGCGUUUUUGUCUGAUUGGAAGCAGCGGACUGGACGGUCAAAUUUCGUACUGAAUCUUUAAAGAAAUAUUUUCCCUCCUUUUCAGUAUGAAGUCUGAAAUUUUUUUAGGUUUGUUUGAUAAAAUUAUCGUUAAAUCUAAGCGUAAUGUUUUGCUAGCAGUUUGUUAGCAAGCCUAAAAAUCGUGAAAUCGGUAACACUGUUUAACGUAGAAAUGCCUUCCAGUUCUUCGCCCUCAUUCAAACAAGAAGCUUGAACUAGCUUCAAGCUGACUAGCUGACUAGCUGACUAGCUGACUAGCUUCUCCAUGCUAACGUUCGCUGAAACAAGACAACGUCACAUUUCAAACUAAAUCAGUUCGUAGUUAAUAUUUCAGAAUAUUUCUAAACACAAACUCGUCCAGCGUCUGGACCUCGAGCUGAACCUGAAGAUUGAUGAGCUGCUAUGCUAGUUAAUUAAGCAGAAUGCUAAUCCUGUAUGCUAGCUAAUCCUACAGCUAAUCCUACUCUUCUAAUGCUUGUUAGCUAUUAGCCGUAGCUCCAGGCUAAACUCUUCCUGGCACUUUUCGGUACUGUUCCUUUAAGGCUAACAAGCGUAGCGCUGAUUUUAUUACCAGAGGACAGUGAAAGGCUUGAACUCUGCUUUAGUAGCGAUGAGGGAUGUUUUAUAAAGUUUAUAGAGAUUAUAAACGGCCCUCGCGAUGGGGUUUUUAUGUCCAGUGUGAUUCGGUGUUUUGUCUCACAGAUUAUUUUGUUAUUUUUUGGACUUAAUGCUCCGUUUUUCACUCGUUUAACCUGCGCAGCGUGUGAGCGCUCAGUCUGCAAAUUGUAAAUUUAUUCCCAAAAGUUUGUCUUUGUUCUGUUAAACGCAGAAUGCCGAGUUGUUCUCGUGACCUGGAUGAUUUCGUUUUAUGCUUUUAUUUUAUCGCACUCUCAGUGUCGCUGUGAUUUAAAUCGCCCUUUUUGGGUUAUUAGCUGCUAAUAAGCCGAGAUUGUAAAACACUUUACAGCUAAUUUUAUAACUCGCUUGUUUUCCUUAUUGACAUUUUUGUGGUUUGCUGUAAAACGUGAAUCGAGACACGUUAAGCGUAAUAAUGAUUUCAACACUGCUGCUUUGGCGACGUCCUGAAGCUCCUGGGCUUCGUCCCAAACACUGGGGAUUGAAAGAUGAGUUUCUGUUAAUGAGAACAUUAAAGAACCUGCAGUCUAACAGCUUGAAGGAGCUCCUCCUCUCCAAGGGCUUCAGUGGCUGGAACAACUGAAUAAAAAAAGGGGAAAGUAAUUAAAAAAAGAACAAAUCCUCCCAUCUGCUGAAACAUUCCACUGAAGUGGAGAUAACGGUCUUCACACAUUCAGAAGAAGAAAAGAAAAGACAGAGAUCAGAGCGGAGGAACAGAGGAGCUGGAGCAGAGAGUGUUGAAGUCUCAGUUAAGGGUCCAGCAGCGGCAGUUCUUCUCAUCAUGACCUUCAGAUCAGUAGUGCAGAACCUUCACCACCGAGCGAGCACGACUCCCACACGGUCUCGAGCGGCGCAUUCGGGAGACUCCGAGAUCGAACCCUGCUGUCGUGGGGAGAAGAACGGAACUCGUCUCCACUCGUACAGCAGGUUUCUGAUGUCCAUGACGUUGCACGAGCAGCAGUUGGACACCAUGCAGCACCUUCACACGUCUCAGAUGAAGCACUUUUGUCUUCUUCGUCCCUUUCUUUGGUACGUGAGAUGCAGCUGUGGAGAACUAGCCAGCAGCUCAGGAUUAGCAGUGGCUGAAGUAGAAGAAAACUGACGUAAAAACUCUACUACAAUCCGGCUAACAAACCGAGCAGACUAGCGAACAACAACAAGGUGACAGGCAAUCGUUCAUUUUCUACGUACGUGAGCCGCAAUUUCACCAACACGUAUCUUUCUCACUUUUAUGUAAAUUAGGUUUGAUGAUCUAAAGAAGCGACAAUUCCAAAUGACAAGCUCGAACGAUUCCUCGGACCAGUCCUAUAGCGACGUUUCUUCAGUUCUUCUCUCACAUCUUUAGCUCCUUCCUGCAAACCUAUAACCUCAGUAUGGUUCCAUCUUCUGCUGUCAUACAGUCUGUCAUGACAUGUUUACCGAGACGUUAGGAAGAAUAAUAAAGCUGUACAGCUAGCUCGCUUUGAAAGUAUCACACACUCUAACAAGCCUCAGGAAAUCUCAGUGAUGAUUAGCGUUAAGACGAGUUAAGAGCAGAUUCGGAUUCGGACGCUGUAGCUGUGAACAUAAACGCAGCUUGAUUACAGUUUUUCUCACAAUGGCCUGAUAUUUCACUUUUUUA